AAGAGAGAGUUGUCGCAUUUGUUUCAAUUAAUUUUCUCGUCAAAGUAUAUUCACAUUUGUCAGUUCGACCUAUUGCCCGAAAGCGCACUGUGAGAGUUUUGGAGCUUUUUUUGAUAGUGAAUAAUGGCGGAUGAAAGUCCGGCUUCGCAGAGAAGAGACUCUAUAAAGUCUUCAGUUGGGAAUGUUGCGGCCCAUAGGAGACGACAACAUGCAGUUACGGUGGGAAAAGAAAGAAGAGAAGCGUUGGUGCGAACCAAGCGGCUAUGUAGAGUGGGAAUUAGUGGUGAUGAUGAUGUUCCUCUUGACAGUGAAAUGAUGAUUGAUGAAGAACAAUCAAUUUUGGAGGCUCAGACCACUUCAGCCGUGGAAGAAUUAAAGCUUGCUGUCGCCUAUCAGGGGAAAGGUGCAAUGCAGAAAAGGGUGAAUGCCCUCCGUGAAUUAAGGCGAUUAUUGUCGAGAUCAGAAUUCCCUCCUGUUGAAGCUGCGCUCAGAACUGGAGCAAUACCUCUCCUUGUGCAGUGUAUUUCAUUUGGAUCCCCGGAGGAAGAGUUGCUUGAGGCAGCUUGGUGCCUUACGAACAUAGCAGCAGGAAAACCAGAAGAAACAAAAGCUCUGUUGCCUGCUUUGCCAUUGCUUAUUGCUCAUCUUGGAGAAAAGAGUUCCUUGCCUGUUGCUGAGCAGUGUGCAUGGGCACUGGGAAAUGUUGCUGGUGAAGGAGAGGAGCUGAGAAGUGUUUUGCUAUCUCAAGGAGCCUUAAUACCUCUUGCAAGAAUGAUGCUGCCAAACAAGGGUUCAACUGUGAGAACGGCUGCUUGGGUGUUGUCAAACCUAAUCAAGGGACCAGAUCCUAAAGCUGCGACAGAACUCAUAAGAAUUGAUGGUGUACUUGAUGCAAUUCUUCGGCACUUGAAAAAGGCGGAUGACGAAUUGGCAACAGAAGUAGCAUGGGUGGUUGUGUAUCUUUCAGCCCUCUCAAAUGUUGCUACCAGCAUGUUGGUGAAUAGUGAUCUCCUUCAACUGCUUGCUGAAAGAUUGGCAACAUCAAAUAGUUUGCAAUUGCUCAUUCCGGUGCUGCGGAGUGUAGGUAAUCUUGUGGCUGGUGAUGCUCAAACGACUAAUGUCUUUCUUGUUGCUGGAAAUGAAAUUACAGUUAGUGUCAUUGGUGCACUCAUUAGAUGUCUAAAGAGUGAGCAUCGGGUUUUGAAGAAGGAAGCAGCUUGGGUUCUAUCUAAUAUAGCGGCUGGAUCUGUUGAACACAAGCAAUUGAUAUAUUCAAGUGAGGCAGUGCCAUUACUGUUGCGCCUUCUUUCAACAUCACCAUUUGAUAUAAGAAAGGAAGUAGCAUAUGUUCUAGGUAAUCUCUGUGUUGCCCCAACUGAAGGUGGUGGAAGGCCAAAUUUGAUUCUGGAGCACUUAGUUUCUCUUGUUGGCAGAGGAUGCCUUCCUGGUUUUAUUGAUUUAGUUAGGUCUGCUGAUACCGAGGCUGCAAGAUUAGGACUUCAAUUCAUGGAGCUGGUUUUAAGGGGGAUGCCAAAUGGUGAGGGGCCAAAGCUUGUUGAGAGAGAGGAUGGGAUUGAUGCCAUGGAAAGAUUCCAAUUUCAUGAAAAUGAAGACCUUAGAAACAUGGCUAACGAAUUAGUUGACAAGUACUUUGGUGAAGACUAUGGAAUUGAUGAAUAGAAAGGAUUUAUGGGCCAGUGAUGCAUGAUUUGUAACAUCCACGACUGCUACCUGUCCCUCUAUGCAUAUCGCAGAUAUUUCGGAUUAGCGUCAUGGAUCUUUUUUUGCAGGUUGAAUAUUUCUUGAGCCCACUAAUUGUGGGUUUCAUGGUUUGACUGUUUAGAGAAAAGUUCGGUCUGUUGUGGAAUAGGUGUACGCAUAAUGUCUCAAGGGUGUUCAUCUAUAUUUACUCUCGUAGAUAAAUUGUAUGGAACUUUUUUGUUAAAUGUGUUAAUCCAAGGUACUUUCCUUUGGAAAUUGUUUUUUUGUACUGGAGACUAUAAAAUUAGAAACAAGUUUAUUUCCCCA